AGUAGCGAGGCUAUAUACAGUAGCGAGGCUAUAUACAGUAGCGAGGCUAUAACUCAUACAUGUAAUGUUAACUGACUGAUAUUCUAUGUAUAAGAUCUAAGCCUGUGUUAACCUCAGACCUUAACGCUAUUCUUUCCCCAUUUAAUUUCCCCAAUAGGAAUGGCUGAACGAACCAGAGGCACGCUUGUACCAUCUCAGCUCACCUCUCUCUCUCACACACACACCCCAGUCUCUGAGACCUGGGCAUCUCUCUCUGACCAUGGACGUGUCAGCGCUGGGCAGUGGGAGCAGCUGUUCAGAGGAUUGUGUGCUAGGGUCUGGCUGUCUGGAGGACUGUGGGAACCAGAGUGACCAGACUGACUGGGAAUGGGAGGACUUCAGUGGGGCUGAGCUGGUGUGUGUGACAGCCGUGUGUGUGCUGCUGCUGGCCCUGGGCAUCACAGGAAAUAUGUUAACCAUCCUGGUAGUUUGGCUCCGGCCACACCUGAGAAGCACCACCUACCUCUACCUGAGUAGUAUGGCCGUUUCCGACCUCCUCAUACUGCUUCUGAUGCCUUUAGAUCUGUACUACAAGCUGUGGAGGUUCCAGCCCUGGGAUCUGGGUGAUGCAGUGUGUAAGCUGAGUGUGUUCAUCAGUGAGAGUUGUACCUACUCCUCCAUCCUCCACAUCACCGCCCUUUCUCUGGAGCGCUACCUCGCUGUCUGUCGACCACUCACAGCCAAGACCCUGGUCACACGGACCCGCGUCCGCACUCUCAUUGGCUGCCUGUGGGUUGUGGCCGUGAUCAGCGCCGGGCCGGUGUUUGCUAUAGUAGGGGUAGAGGAGCUGGGGGGAGGUGAGGGGGAGAGCGAGUGUCGCUGUACGGACUACGCCGUCUCCUCAGGCCUGCUGGGGGCCAUGAUGUGGCUCUCCAACCUCUACUUCCUGGUGCCGCUGGGCAUUCUGGGAGUUGUGUAUGGUCUGAUCGGCAGGAAGCUUUGGCUCCGCCCACAACGCAGCAGCCGAGACCGCGCCCAGCGACACACCAUCAAGAUGCUCGGGAUGAUCGUGCUGGCGUUUGUUCUGUGUUGGCUGCCGUUCCACGUUGGUCGGACGUUGUUCUCUAUGACUCUGGGCUCCAGCGCUGAUAUGUACUACAUCUCUCAGUACUUUAACCUGGUCUCCUUUGUGUUGUUCUACCUCAGUGCUGCUGUCAACCCUAUCCUCUACAACACCAUGUCAGCACGCUACCGCCACGCUGUCCGCAGCCUGCUGCGCUCACACACACCCCGCUCCCACCACCCCCCACUCACCCCACAACACUCUACCACCACUCUGUAACUCACCCCCCCCCCCCACUCACCCCACAACA